UAGCUAGCGCACGCCCACACAGCCACCGUGAUCUGUCUGCCUCUCCCGCGCUCCAGAGCGUGGCGUGGGCGUCUCUUGUGUCUCCCGCCGGCCACGCGAUGCCAGCCUCCGCCUCCAGCUGGUCGUGGUUCCACAGGCUGCGGAGGAAGAGGAAGACGAAGAGCAAGCGGCCGAGCGCCGCCUCCCCGGCAAGAACCUCCGCGGCCACCGACGCUGCCGCCGUCCCUGCGUCGUCGUCGUCACGACAGGCGCCUCCGGCGGUGCCCGGCGCCGGCGGCCCGUGCUGCGGCUACUGCCCGAACAGGGAGUCGUACUAUCUUCCGAGCGCGGACCGCGCGCGCCGGGGGGACAGGCAGGACAGGUUGCUUCCGUGCGUCGUCCGGAGCGAUGACGAGGUGGUGGUGGAGGAGGAGGAGGACGGUGAGGCUCUCGACGUCCGCGUCGACGUGGUCCACCGCCGCGCCGACCGGCGGGACGGCCGCGACGCGCCGCCGGCGACGCCGGAGCUCAAGCUGAGGCCCAUCGUGACGACCCGGCAUGCCGCCAGCAAGAACGAGGCGUCGGACAGCUCCAGCACCUCGGCUGCCACGACGCCAUCGACCAGGGCGCGCGGGUUCCACGUGGGACCGGCCGCCGGCAGAAGGCCUCCGUGGCGCGGCGUCGCACACGACGGCAAUGCCGUCCGGAAGGACAAUAGCCCGGCGCCGCAAGAGCCGGGGUCGUCGCGCGUGGGCAGGCCGGCGGCGAGGCAGAGGCGGCGGCGGAUGUGGCUGCGCGAGAGCGAGGUGCUGGUGAUGGAGUCGCUGGAGCCGGAGCGGGAGCUGGUCGACAGCAUGAUCGAGAUGCUGUGCACCAACGGCGUCCGGCGGCUGGAGGACCUUCAGGACCUCCUCGCCUGCUACCUGUCGCUCAACGCCGCCGAGCACCACCGCACCAUCGUCGCGCUGUUCCGCCGCGUGGUCCUCGUCUGGAUCCACCUCGGCAGCCAAAGGCUUCUGCCCGGCCAGUGAUCCGAAAUCCAUUGCUCUCAACGCGAUGCAUGCAUCAUGCAUGGAUCGAUCGAUCUUCAUGGCCACCUCCAUAGUUAAUUCCAUCGAGUGAUCGAUCACUGAUCAGCUCGUCGUCGACUCUAACAGUAUUGGUUACUGUUUGUGUUCUUGUACAUUCUUGAGAUUGCGUUGGUUGUCAGUGAGGAGUGAGAGGUUGUUGGAGGGAGAGAAUGCAAAGCGGGUGCGCAUCGCAUCCCACUUUGGCGUCAAAAGCGAGAUAGAUCUUAAGAUGAUGCCGCCUUUACAGCUCGAUUAAUUGGAGCGACAGGGAAAGCACAGCACAGCAAUGCGAUGCGGGGAAUCCCUCUGUUCAUCUCUCGUCGACGGUGGGAAUUAUUGCCAUGUGUUGAUUCGAUUCAAUGGUGAAAUCGGAAGGGCAGGCUACGGCCGCAGGUUACAGCAGCUGACAGCAAACUGAUCUGGAGGAGAAACUCACAAUUCUUUGUCAUUAAAAUCUUAAUUUGUGCCUGUAAGUUACCCGGUCCAUUAUUUGCAUCUCAAGACUCGCAUUCUCUGAAUAACACACGUCAGUUACGCAUAGUCAGGAAAUAAGUAAUCACAAGUACUCCCUCCGUUUCAUAUUGAAA